AUGAUCGUUUUGAGCUGGAAUGUGCGGGGUUUGGGGAACCUGCACAAUUUCCGAGCGCUCCAACGCCUUUUACAGGUGCAAUCCCCAGAUGUUUUCUUUCUUAUGGAGACAAAGAAGAGGAAGAAAGCUAUGGAAAAGUUAUGUGCUAAGGUGGGUUAUAAAGACUGCUUUGUGGUGGGUAGUGUUGGUAAGGAAGGAAAGAGUGGGGGCUUGGCUUUGGGGUGGAAAGCAGAUGUUCAGAUGAGUAUCUUGGGUUCUUCUCAAGCUCAUAUUGAUGCGGUAGUAAGGUGGGAGAAUGUUCUAGUUAGAAUAACAGGCUUCUAUGGUAAUCCGGAAACCUCACGUCGUUCGGUUUCUUGGGAGUUGCUUCGAAGAAUUGCUGCCACUGUCACUGGACCUUGGUUAAUUUUUGGAGAUUUCAACGAACUUCGGGAUGCAAGUGAAAAGAGGGGAGGUGCGGUCAGACCAGAGGUGCAAAUAAGAAAGUUUAGGGAGGCCACAGAGGAUUGCGGGUUGCAAGAAAUUUUGUUUUUUGGAUCACCCUUCACGUGGUCCAAUGGGCACACUUGGGAGAGACUUGAUAGGGGGUUUGUGAAUAAGGCUGGAUGGUUAUUAUGGCCUAAUGUACACGAGUAUCACGUUGAUGGUUAUGCCUCUGACCAUCUUGCUCUUAUUUUCCAUACUAAUGGGGAGGGUUUGAAGAAGUUUCGGAAGAAGAAGCAGAGAUUUAUGUUUGAGCCGUUGUGGGUAAAAGAAGAAACAUGUCAGGAGGCUAUAAGGGCAGCCUGGUCUUCAGAAGCAGUAGAGACUAGACUGGAGAGUAAGUUACUGACUUUGGGUGAUGUUCUUAUGGACUGGAAUAAGGAGCAUAUUGGGAAUGUGCCGAGGAGAAUUAACAAAUUAAGGAAGGAGUUAGAUGGUAUUCCAUUUGAUCAUCCUGUGGAUUCGGUUCAGGAGCAUAGAAAGAAGGUUAAAAAAGAUCUAGAGAAGUAUGUGGGCUAUAAUGAAGACUUAUGGAGGCAAAGAUCUCGGGUGGAGUGGUUGAAAGAAGGUGAUUGCAACACAAGGUUCUUCCAUAACUAUGCAAAGUUCAGAGGAUGGAAGAAUAGAGUUAGUGGUGUGGCAGAUACUAAUGGAGUAUGGCAAGACCAAGUUUCGAGUAUUCAGGAGGCAUUUGUCAAUUACUUUUCACAUUUGUUUACUACUGAAGCCUUUUACGAGGAUAUUGAAGCUACUUUGAAGCAAAUGGCACCUAAUAAGUCACCGGGAGCUGAUGGCUUAUCUGCGUUGUUUUACAAGCAUUAUUGGCAUAUUGUUGGGGAUGAAGUGUCGUUUUUUUGUCUUAAAGUUCUUAAUGAAGGGGCAAGUGUGGAAUCGAUUAAUCAGACCCUAAUAGCUCUAAUUCCGAAGAUUGAGCACCCGCACUGUGUUACGGAUUUCAGGCCUAUUAGCUUAUGUUCUGUUCUUUACAAGUUGAUUUCCAAGACGAUUGUGAAUAGAAUGAAAGGUUUUCUAUUUUAUGGGAAGGACAAGCUUAUGGCUUGCAGAGAGGGUUUUAUUGAAGGAGUCCAGGUGAGGGGGAAUGCACCUCCUGUGAAUCAUCUUUUAUUCGCAGACGACAGUUUGAUUUUUGCUACUGCUAGGAGGGAAGUGGUAACGCAUUUGAAGCAAUGUCUUCUGUUGUACGAGGCUGCAGCGGGAGUUAAUUUUCAGAAAUCAGCCAUCUCUUUUGGACCAGCAGUGGAUGAGGGGGUUAAGUCUGAUAUUCAGGAGAUGUUGGGCGUGCCUGUGGUACCAUUUCAUGAACGGUACUUAGGGCUCCCAACGGUGACAGGGAGGAGUAAAAAAGAAAUGUUCAAGAAAAUCAAUGAAAGACUUGACUUGCAUCUUACUAGGUGGAAUAGUAAGUUUUUGUCUAAAGCAGGGAAGCUAGUAUUAGUCAAAGUCGUUGCCCAGGCAAUCCCAACAUUUACAAUGAAUGUUUUCAGGCUCCCGAAAGGUAUCUGCAAGUCGUUUCAAUCUAAAGUUGCAAACUUCUGGUGGGGGAAGGCAGAUGGGAAGAAGGGGAUGCAUUGGUGCAAAUGGAAUCAACUUUGUAAGAGUAAGAGUCAAGGUGGGCUUGGUUUUCGGGACCUUGAAGCUUUUAAUCGAGCACUUUUGGCAAAGACAGUAUGGCGUCUAGUGAUGGAGCCUAAUUCCCUUGUGCACAGGCUACUGCAAGGUAAAUAUUUCCCACAAACAAAUUGGGCGGGAGCUAGGAAUGAAGUAGGUGCCUCUUUAAUCUGGAGUAGUUUGAUGUGGGGAAGAGAUUUGCUGAUCAGUGGGACUAGGUGGAGAGUGGGGACAGGAUGUAAUAUAAGGGUUUGGUUUGAUAAAUGGUUACCUACACCAUGGACCUUCAGACCGGUCUCUCCCCAUACUGGUAAUUUAAAUUUGAAGGUUAGUGAGUUGAUGCUUUAUCCUGGCAUGUGGAAUGAAAGUUUGAUAAGAUCUACAUUUCGCCCACAUGAGGUCGAUACUAUUCUGUCAAUACCUAUUGCUGCGGGUAGGAGGGAUGAUUCUAUUGUUUGGCAUUAUUGCAAAGAUGGAAGGUAUACAGUGAAGUCAGGGUGUUGGUUAGCAUCAGAGCUUCAGAGGGUUCAUGAAGGGUCAGUGGGUUGUAGCAACAGUAGCAAUAAGGAAGGUACCCAAGUUUGGGACACUUUGUGGAAAUUAAGAAUUGCUAAUAAGGUGAAACUUUUUCUUUGGCGUGCUUGUAAAGGCUUUCUACCUUGUGCUGCUAAUUUGUUCAGAAGGCAUGUGGGAAAUUCUAGCCUUUGUUGCCGAUGUGGGAGGGAGGAGGAGACAACAAUCCAUUGUAUGUGGAGCUGUCCGUGGUCUAAGAAGGUUUGGAAAUUCUCAUUCUUAAAUGGAGUAUAUAAACAAUGGAGAGAACCUAGUUUCAUUGACUUGUUUGCGCAUGUGGUUAAAACUUCCUCCAAAGAGGAGGUUGAAUUGUUCAGUGUUAUCUGUUGGUUACUUUGGAAGAGCAGGAACAGAUUUAAGCACGAAGGAGUUGUGGAGGAGAGUAAGCAUAUUGUAUGGAGUGCAAAUGAGUGGUUAAACAACUUCCAAGAUGCACAAAGGAGUAAUGAGAACGUGACUAAAGAUGCAACACAAAAGAGAGUGAAAGUCAAGUGGAGGCCACCUACUGCACCAAAACUGAAGUUGAAUACUGACGCAGCAAUAGAUUAUAAAAAGAAGAAGGCUGAUCUAGGCAUGGUUGUACGAGAUGGUGAGGGGAAAUUGAAGUGUGCCGGGCACAAGGUACUGCCAGGAAACCCAUCUAUUGUUGCUAUUGAAGCUCUUGCUGUCUAUCAUGGACUACUUUUGUAUAGAGAAGCUGGUUUUCAAAACUUAGUAGUGGAGAGUGAUUCCACCAUAGUAAUUGAUGCGUUGAAUAAGACAGAGCUUGAUCUUAGUGUGGAGGGUGGAGUCUUGGAUGAUAUUAAGUGCUUGGCUUCAACUUUUGAAUCAGUCCCGUGGAAGAAAGUCAAUAGAGAAGGCAAUAUUGCUGCACACAAGAUGGCAAAGCAUGCCUUGAUGGCUGACGAAGAUAGACUCUGGCAGGAAGCAGGGCCACCUUGGCUUACUGGUAUCAUUUUAGAUGAAUGUAGAAAUUGA